GAGGCCGAGGCCUGGGCCGAGCCCGGAGCCGCCGCUCACCGGAGCCUCCUGGAGCCCCUGCGCCGGCUCAGCCUGGGGGCGGGCUCGGGCCCGGCCCGCCGCGAAACCCAGGACAGAGGCUGCAUGCCUUCGGACCAGACCAGCGCAGCCAUGGAGGAAGCAUCUCCCUAUUCCUUACUUGAUAUCUGCUUGAAUUUCCUGACUACUCACCUUGAGAAAUUCUGUUCAGCAAGACAAGAUGGAACAUUGUGCCUGCAGGAACCUGGAGUAUUUCCACAGGAAGUGGCUGAUCGACUGCUUCAAACCAUGGCUUUUCAUGGUCUACUGAAUGAUGGAACUGUGGGUAUUUUCCGAGGCAACCAGAUGCGCUUAAAGCGAGCUUGCAUUCGCAAAGCAAAGAUCUCUGCUGUUGCUUUCCGGAAAGCCUUCUGCCACCACAAGUUAGUGGAACUUGAUGCCACAGGUGUGAAUGCUGACAUAACCAUUACAGACAUCAUCAGUGGGCUUGGCAGUAACAAAUGGAUCCAGCAGAAUCUCCAGUGCCUAGUGCUGAACUCGUUAACUCUCUCCCUUGAAGAUCCUUAUGAGCGCUGCUUCAGCCGGCUUUCUGGCCUUCGUGCUUUGAGCAUCACCAAUGUUCUCUUUUACAAUGAAGACCUGGCUGAAGUUGCUUCACUGCCAAGAUUAGAGAGCCUGGACAUUUCUAAUACCUCUAUCACAGAUAUCACUGCUCUUCUAGCCUGCAAAGACCGACUCAAGUCUCUAACCAUGCACCACUUGAAAUGUUUAAAAAUGACAACCACACAGAUCCUGGAUGUUGUUCAGGAACUAAAGCAUCUGAAUCAUCUUGAUAUUUCAGAUGAUAAACAAUUUACAUCAGACAUAGCUCUUCGCUUAUUAGAACAAAAGAACAUCCUACCCAAUCUUGUCUCCCUGGAUGUUUCUGGGAGAAAACAUGUGACAGAUAAAGCUGUUGAAGCCUUUAUUCAGCAACGGCCCAGCAUGCAGUUUGUAGGUUUGUUGGCCACUGAUGCUGGCUACUCUGAAUUCCUCACAGGCGAAGGACAUUUGAAGGUGUCUGGAGAAGCCAACGAGACCCAGAUUGCAGAAGCAUUGAAGCGAUAUAGUGAGCGGGCAUUCUUUGUCCGAGAAGCUCUCUUCCACCUAUUUAGCCUAACUCAUGUGAUGGAAAAAACAAAGCCAGAAAUUUUAAAGCUUGUUGUUACUGGCAUGAGAAACCAUCCUAUGAACUUGCCAGUCCAACUGGCUGCCAGUGCCUGUGUGUUCAACUUAACCAAGCAGGAUCUUGCUGCAGGAAUGCCUGUACGACUCCUGGCAGAUGUGACCCAUUUGCUGCUGAAAGCCAUGGAACAUUUUCCCAAUCACCAGCAGUUACAGAAGAAUUGCCUCCUUUCACUUUGCAGUGACCGGAUCCUUCAAGAUGUCCCGUUUAACAGGUUUGAAGCAGCCAAGCUUGUCAUGCAGUGGCUCUGCAACCAUGAGGAUCAAAACAUGCAAAGGAUGGCAGUUGCUAUAAUUUCCAUUCUAGCUGCGAAGCUUUCUACAGAGCAAACUGCACAGCUUGGAGCUGAGCUCUUCAUUGUCAGGCAACUUCUUCAAAUAGUGAAGCAGAAAACCAAUCAAAAUUCGGUGGACACUACUUUGAAGUUUACAUUGAGUGCACUUUGGAACCUCACAGAUGAAUCCCCAACCACUUGCAGACACUUUAUUGAAAAUCAAGGGUUAGAACUCUUCAUGAGGGUCCUAGAGUCUUUCCCAACUGAGUCAUCCAUUCAACAGAAAGUCCUAGGACUUCUGAACAACAUAGCUGAAGUACAAGAAUUGCAUUCUGAAUUAAUGUGGAAGGAUUUUAUAGACCACAUCAGUAGCCUUCUACACAGUGUUGAAGUAGAAGUCAGUUACUUUGCAGCUGGAAUUAUUGCCCAUUUAAUAUCCAGAGGUGAACAAGCCUGGACAUUGAGCCGUAGCCAGAGGAAUUCUCUUUUGGAUGAUCUGCACUCAGCUAUUUUGAAAUGGCCAACUCCAGAGUGUGAAAUGGUAGCAUACAGGUCCUUCAAUCCAUUUUUCCCAUUACUUGGCUGUUUCACAACACCAGGAGUCCAGCUGUGGGCAGUUUGGGCCAUGCAACAUGUCUGUAGCAAGAAUCCCUCAAGGUACUGCAGUAUGCUGAUUGAAGAAGGAGGAUUACAGCAUUUAUACAACAUCAAAGAACAUGAACAGACUGAUCCCCAUGUCCAGCAGAUUGCUGUGGCCAUCCUGGACAGCUUAGAAAAACACAUUGUCCGUCAUGGGAGGCCACCUCCCUGUAAAAAGCAGCCCCAGGCUAGACUAAAUUGAUAGCCAUAGAUAGUUGAGUAAUUGAAUCACAGGAAUCAUUUUUGUCAUUGGUUAAUUUGAAGACUUUGCCAUCUAUUAUGUUUUGGAGACUUCUAUGACAGGAGUCAUAGGAUCUGUUCGGGAUUGAUGAUAUAUAGUACUGCUCAUGUGACCAGUCUAAUUUGUCUUGUGAUUUUUAACUUAUAAGGCAAGAAGGGUCCCUUUCUUCAUCAUUGCCUUUUAAGAAAUUUCCAUAUCUUUCAGUGUUUGAACUUACCAAUGCUUGAAAUGCUACAGUUUUAUGAUAAAGUUUGCACGAACCUUUAGGCCAGAUUUUUUUCUGAUUUUUAAAUCCCUUCCAAUCCAUUUGCAGCUUCAGAUAAGUUGUUCACCUGAUUUCUGGCACCGCUUUAGAUGUAAAUUUUAUACUGGCUUCUGUAUAAAAUGCCUUUAUUCUAUGUCUGUGUAUCUUUUAUAAAAUGGCAUUCUUAUCAUGAAAGAAAGGAAAUCUGAAUCCUUUCCUUGUGGAAGCUACUCACUGGCUGGUCUCUGUAUGGCUGGCAGAAAGAUAAAUUCAAAAGAAAAUCUAUUAAGAGUUGGGAAAAGGUCUGCAUUGGUGGUAAAGUUUUAAAAUGGGAUAGGCUACCCAGUUGGGGCCCGCCUCUCCUGAGACAGCAAGCAGUAGCUUGUUCUCCACACUGAUGUCUGGAAACACAGACUGCUGGUUGCUGUCUAGUAGAAUAGUUUCCUCAAGCACCGCAUUGUAAAAUAUUAUAGCAUUCUGUGUUAAAAAAAAAACUAACUGUCCCAAUCUCUAUAUGUCAUAUUGUUGUGGAAAUGUGAAGUUUUCUAAAACUUGCUAGAAUUAAAACCGGCCAGUCUUUUCCUUUUAUUUCAAAGUCGUCUUUGUUCAGUGGAAUAAAGAAUCAAGAUGCUGUUAAAAUAUGAUUGACAACAGUAAAUUUUGCCAGGAAAAAUUAAGGGUUUUUUUUUGUUGUUUCAAAAUAUGUGUAUCUUCUGAAUCUGUUCAUGUUGGGAAAAGAUGUCCACAUCUCACUGCCAGAAAUGAAAGAGAAUCAUUAGACUAUUAUUAAAGGUAAUGAUUCUAUUUUCAGUACAUAAGAGGAAUUGUUUUUGAUGGAUUUUAUUUCAGACAAUUGCCUUUCCUUUAAGAUCUCUGUUGGAAUAUGGUAAACAAUCAGUUAUUAUAUUAAUAAUAGCACUUGGGAGGUGGCAAGUCACUCAGCAAGAAACUUUAUUUCCACUCUAAAUUAUAUUUUAUGAAUAAGUUAAUCUGCAAUCUCAGAAGACCAUAUUUUUUCAUACGUAGCCAAAAUGUUUUUAAUCAAAAUUUUAAAUGAUAUGUUUAAAUUGUAGUAAUUAUUCACAAGUACUUUUAUUUAAAGAGGAGCUGGUUUAUUAGUAUGCUGAUAACAUUUUGACACAUUUCCUACUACUUUCAUGGUAAUCAGACUUGA